GCGCAAUGCGGCUCUGAGCUCGGGCAGCGGCACGGCUCCGCGCAGGCGGUGCGGGGCGCACGCCUCAGUAGAAGAAAGAGAGUAAGAAGUGGAGUGGGACAAAGCCAGGUAAAGGAAGCAGCCGGCCAUUUAUUCACACAUUCGUGGAGGGAGAAAGAUUUUGAAUGCUGGACCCAGGUGCCUGAGUUCACAUCCCAGCUGCAUCAGGGCUUGCCGAGGCAGAGAAUCAUCAUUUUCUGGCAAACAAACCAAGCCCAAGACCUAAUUGUGCUGAAUGUCAUAUGCUGGCAGCUCUUGGAAUCUACCCUUUGGCUUAGCUUUCAAACAAGAGGUUCAUCUUACCCAGGAAAAGGAUGGCUUACAUGAAGAUGAGAUGGGUAUAUAUUUCCCUGGUGAUCCUGGGAGUUUUUUGUCUGUAUUAUAACCUGGAGGAUCUGAAUCCUUUUAAAGGAGAACCAGUGAUUUUCAAGAAUGAACUUGGGGACUUCCUUCAGCUCCCAGAUAUAGAUUGCGGGCAGGAUCCCCCCUUUCUUGUUUUGCUGGUGGCUUCAUCUCAUGAGCAGCGGUUUGUCCGCUUGGUCAUCCGGAGCACGUGGGGAAGAGAAAAGAUCAUAAAGGGAAAGCGGAUAAAAACAUUCUUUCUCCUGGGAACCUCUCCCAGUAAAGACCUCUCAAGAGAAGUGGCCAAGGAGAGCCAGAAGUUUCGUGAUAUUAUCCAGAAGGACUUCACGGAUGUUUAUUUCAAUCUGACUCUGAAGACCAUGAUGGGGAUGCAUUGGAUCUACCGCUUUUGUCCACAGACGACUUUCGUGAUGAAAACUGACUCUGACAUGUUUGUCAAUAUCUACUAUCUGACCGAACUGCUCCUGAAGAAAAACAGAACAACUCGAUUUUUCACCGGCUUCCUAAAACUGAAUGAGUAUCCCAUCAGGAGACGGUUCAAUAAAUGGUUUGUCAGUAAGUACGAAUAUCCAUGGGACAAGUACCCGCCCUUCUGCUCCGGCACUGGCUACGUUUUCUCUAGCGACGUGGCGGGUGAGGUGUAUCGUGUUGCCAGUAGCGUGCCCUUCAUUAAACUGGAAGAUGUCUUUGUGGGGCUCUGCCUGAAAAGACUGAAGAUCAGCCUGGAGGAACUUCACUCCGAGCAGACUUUCUUCCCCGAAGGGUUACCAUUCAGCACCUGCCGUUAUAAGAAGAUUGUGGCCUCCCAUCACAUCAGGCCGCGAGAUGUUCUGAAGUAUUGGCAGGCUCUGGAAGGUUCUCUGCAAGAAGAGUGUCCAGAUAACUGAGGGGAACCUAGAAGUGCCUGUGGACCACCACGGUGAUGGCUUUUGAAAGAUCUUUGAUGGUGUGGCUGAGACUCCCUAGGUUAGGGAGGGAGCGAGGAAGGAAGAGGCAGAACACAAGGUCUUGCAGCCUUCCCCGUCUAAAUGUAAAUGCCACCACGGAUGAAGCCCCAUUUGGUACCCAAGCCAUAACUGACACCAUCUCUUGAGCACCUACCCUGUGGCACUAAUGAUGUGCACCUGCAUCUUCUCAUGUCAGGGGAGAGCAUCCACAUGGAGUGGUGGGUGUCACUGUUGCCACUUCACACACAAGGAGACAGCAGCUUAGAGAGGGAUGGGGAUCUGUCUCAAGGAUGACAGCCGGCAGACACCAGAGCAAGGGUGAGAACCCCCUGCCGUCAGAUUCCAGGCGGCAGCCUCCGUCUCAGUCCACCCUUGUGAGCUGCCUCCUGGGAGAGGAUGGUGGUGAUGGGGGCUCCAAGGGGGGGCCUUGCUGCUGGCGUCCGUCAGUCCCUUGUAAGAGUCCCCUCCUCCUCCUCAAGUCCCAUUCUCGUGCUUUAUACUGCAGAGACUGGGGUGAACCAAAGCCCCCCCCAUCCCUCCGGUGCCGAGUUCCCUGUGUUCACGAUGAGUCUGGCUGGCCUGAGACCCUGUUAGCAGCUUGGCACUCAACUCACUACAAAGACACGGCUGCAGUGGCUGCAACUCCACCCCCAGGAAACACCCAGUUCCGGAUAGAAACCAGUCUUUAGAAACCAGACUCAGCUCAGAAAUCACUGUGAAACAUGGCCUGCUGUAUGGACCUGUUGGCCCUUCUGCUGAGUGGGGGAUCCCUGAGAGCACCGCAUUUCUUCCCCGCUGUCCAACAGACAGGGGUCUGUAGGCUGCACCUGUCCUUGGUCGGGACUUCAGAUCUCCAACUGCGCACUGGGGGUGGUUGGAUGCAUCAUCCAUGAAGGAUGCUGGGAGCUUUUCUGGGAACUGGUAAUGAUUUAACUCAAGACCCUCUCAAGCAGCCCCUGGGAUGCUGAACAUUGAACUGAGUCCUGGUCCAAGGUGCGUCUCCCUGGGUGCGUGUCCUAAGCCCAAUCCCAGCUCAGCGUCACCAAAUUCCUCAGAUGCCCAAGGAACAGCUGCGUUUUGUGAUGUGGACUUUAGUAUGCAUCUCCUGGGGGUUUGCAAGAGCCUGUUCUGCAGGGUUGUGUGGAAACAAAGCACUUUUUUUUUUUUUUUUGGCCAGGAUCUGCCCAUUCAGCCACUGUCCCAUGACUACAAAGCCAUCUUGCUCCUGAUCUCCAGGAGGAUUGGUUCUAACUUUCCACUUUAUUGCACCGAACUUUAGCAGCACUCAGAGCGGAGGCCUCCCAUGGCUGUGAAGCUUACAAAUGUUGGAUGAAUCUCUGACCUGAACAUGGGAAGAGGUGUCUGCUGCAGAAUGGUCACAGCCGGGUUGAUCUGCAAAGUGGCAUCUUAUUUUGCACAGUGUUUCUCGUUUCUGGAUGGAGCUGCUUUUUGGCGGAUGUGUUUUCUUAUCCCGGCUGCUCUGAACGUGCUGGGUGAUGUUCAGAAAAGCUACCUUCUCAGGUGGGAAAAUCAGGGACUGAGCUUGUUUUCUGAAGCCUGGAUUUUUGCAGGGCCAGUCCUCAGUCCCGUGGGACAGACUGCCUCUGAUUCGGGAGAUAACGGUGGGCUCUGGGCUUUGAGGGUGAAGGAGUCUUUGGCAAUAGGGCUGCGUCUGUGCUUAGAUGUCCACCUUGUCUGGUGUGCGUGUCCCUGUGGCCACUGGGCUGGGAGGGGAGGUUCAUCUCAUGCAGGAUCUGGUCUCUGCACCUGCCCAAAGGCCUCACCAUAGGAGCAUAAGUACACACUCGGCUCCACCCUCUGUCUGUUCUGAAACAGUUUUCUGCAAAACACAUCCCUUGCCCCCAUCCCCAAUUCUAUUUCUUUAUAUAAUGAAGACCUUUUAUACUCUAAGGAAAAACAUGUUUUGUGACUACAGAGCUUGAAGGGACCCUUGAGCUCAUUUGGUCCGGCACUUACGUGGGAUGAAAAUAAAGCUCAAAGAGACCCAGAGGCUGGCCCAAGACUUCCCAGCUUGUUUGUCAUGGAGUGCAGGUUCCAGUCAGAGGUGUAGUCCAUGAUGCUAUCUUGCUUGUAUGGGAGAGUCAGAAACUGCGCAAGUGCAAAUUAGGAGGCAAAGUGAGGCUUUUGCAGUAGCACCCAGAGUGAAUUUCAGAAUGGGAUUGGAGAGGAGCCAGGCUGGCGUCUUCACUCAGAGCUCCAGGGAGGAACGGUGCUAAUGUGUGUGCUCAGGUGUGUGUGCUCAGUUGCUAAGUCAUGUCUGACUCUGUGAUCCCAGCAACUGUAGCCUGCCAGACGCCUCUGUCCACAGAAUUCUCCAGGCAAGAAUACUGGCGUGGAUUGCCACAUGGAUUGCCACACCUUCUCCAGGGGAACUUUCUGAUCCAGGGAUCUAACUCUCAUCUCCUACGUCUCCUGCAUGGGCAGGUGGGUUCUUUACCACCGAAUCACCUGGGAAGUCCAUGACACUGAUGGCCAAGGCUAAUUGCCAGGCACUGAGAUAAGGGCUUCACAAGUAUUACUUCCUUAAAUGCUCUCAACUACUCCCCAGGAGGUGACUACCCAGUUUUCCUGCUUUUCAGUUCAGUUCAGUCACUGUCGUGUCCAACUCUUUGCAACCUCAUGGACUGCAGCAGGCCAGGCUUCCCUGUCCAUCAGCAACCCCUGGAGCUUGCUCAAACUCAGGUCUAUUGAGUUAGUGAUGCGAUCCAACUUGCUUUACAGAUGAGGAAACCGAGGCAGAGAGAGCGUGAACAGCUAGCUCAAGGUCACAUAGCUGAAGUGUAGCAGAAAUAGGUUGUGAACCCAAGUUCUUGGGAGCAUCACACGUGUUGGUCACAAUUAGCACUGCCUCCCCUCGGCAGUCAGCUGGCCUGAGGGAUGCAGUCCGUGUUCAGAGGGAGACAGGUGCCCCCUGCCUUGGGGGCUCAGGCUGCAUGUCUGGCCCUUCCACAGACUUCCCACACCACACACCCCCUCCCUUUAGGACAUGAACCCCAAGUCCUCCGCUGGGCUGGAGACUGUACAAAGAAAUCAGUGGGGCUCCCAUAGGUCCAGCCUCUCCACCUUGGGGCUUGAUUCCCAGCUCUUCUAACCUCUACAGAGCAAGCCCCUUGCUCAGGUUGUACUUCCACCCUCCCUGUGUUUCCCUUCUGCCAACUCAGCCCCCACACACCCAGACAGGCUGUUGUUUCUGAUCUUCCAAACCAUCAUUAAGCCUAUUCCCUUCACUGCCCCAUGUCUGCUCCUUUGGGUGUUCUGCCCGAGGCAGUUUUCCAUAUUUGUCCUCCUAAAUUCGUCUCCUGUUCCAUCUGAAAUCCCCUCUUAGCAGACUCUGGUGCUUGGCUCCACCAGAUGGUUCUCACUGAAGUCACUGAUGACCUGAGAUGUGGGUUCCAAGGUCAGGUCUCUGUCCUCAUUUGGCCUCCUGCACUGCUGGUCUUGCCUGCUUCUGGGGCACUGGAUGCUCUGGACUCUCCUUCUCGCUGGUCCCCUCUUUGCUUGUUCCAUCUCCUCACUCUGCCUGGCCUCAUUUAUUUCCCCUCGUUGUACUCCAGUGGUCUCAUCCAGCCCCAUUGUUUAAAAAGUAGUAGGCUUGACUGGAUCCUAUUGUGCUGAGGGUGCCCAUUUAUCUCCAGCCUGGGGCUCUCUCUUGCUCGUCAGCCUCAUAAAUUUCAUGACCUCCUUGACAUCACAAAGUGAGCAAAUAUGCAACUGAAUUUGUCCUGAACCAUCUCCCCCAGCUCCUCAUCCACAUCACCUGCAGCCUUCACUUCCUCAGGUAAUGGCCCUUCCAUCCUUCAGUCAUUGUUGUUGUUCAGUCACUGUUAUGCCCAACUCCUUGCGACCCCUUGGACUGCAGCAUUCCAGGCUUCCCUCGCCUUCACUAUCUCCUGGAGUUUGCUUGAACUUGUGUCCAUUGAGUCAGUGAUGCCAUCUAAUCAUCUCAUCCCUGCCCUGAUUCUCCUCCUGCCCUCAAUCUUUCCCAGCAUCAGAGUCUUUUCCAGUGAGUUGGCUCUACCCAUCAGGUGGCCAAAGUAUGGGAACUUCAGCUUCAGCAUCAGUCCUUCCAGUGAAUAUUCAGGACUGAUUUCUUUUAGGAUUGACUGGUUUGAUCUCCUUGCAGUCCAGGGUACUCUCAAGACUCUUCUCCAGUGCCACAAUUGGAAAGCAUCAAUGCUUCAGUGCUCAGCCUUCAUUGUGGUCCAUUUCUCACAUCCAUACAUGACUACUGGAAAAAGCAUACCUUUGACUAGAUGGACCUUUAUUGGCAAAGUGUUGUCUCUGCUUUUUAAUAUGUUGUCUAGGUUUGUCAUAGUUUUUCUUCCAAGGAGCAAGUGUCUUUUAAUUUCAUGGCUGCAGUCACCAUCCGCAGUGAUUCUGGAGCCCAAGAAAAUAAAGUCUGUCACUGUUUCCAUUGUUUACCCAUCUAUUCACCAUGAAGUGAUGGGACCGGAUGCCAUGAUCUUCAUUUUUUGAAUGUUGAGUUUUAAGCCAGCUUUUUCACUCUCCUCUUUCACCUUCAUCAAAAGACUCAAGUCAGACACUUUGAAGGCAUCUGUGACUCCUCUCUUAAGAGAGAUGCAUCGGCCCUGCCUUUGUUUUAUAUCCAGAAGCCAAUCGCUGCAGCCACCUGCCCCCACUCCACACCCCCAUCAUCUGGGACUUGUGUCCCUGCAGUUGCUCCUACCUGGGCUUUUGGCCUCCAUCAUCACAUCCGCUUCAUCUGUUUCCUAAGCAGCAUCCAGACUGCUCCUUUGAAAAUAUGGACCAGAGCAUCUCACUUCUCUGCUCCAAACCCAUCUCUGAGGAAGCCCUCCAAUGAUGUCCCAUCUUUUAAAUCAUUGUCUGCCUAUGUUAUUUUCUAACCUCAUCCCUUCCUGUCCUCCCUUCUGGCCUCCCUGAAAGGGAGUACUAUUCCAGCUGCACUGGCCUUCUUGCUCUUCCUGAAAUGUCCCAGGCACACGCUAACGGCCUCAGGGCCUCUGCCAGGGUCACCCUUUCCUCGGACAGUCUCACGGCCCAUUUCUUUGCUUCUUUAAUGUCUUUGGCCAUACAUCAUCCCUUCUUUAAGAACCUCAUCCUGGUCACUUUCUAUGAAAUUGCAACUCAUCCCACCUGGUGCCCCCUGGCCUUGUUAUAUUGUUUCAUUGCACUGAUAAUUUCUAACAGAGUUCGAGAUCAGUCCUGGGUGUUCAUUGGAAGGACUGAUGCUGAAGCUGAAACUCCAAUACUUUGGCCACUUCAUGCGAAGAGUUGACUCAUUGGAAAAGACUCUGAUGCUGGGAGGGAUUGGGGGCAGGAGGAGAAGGGGACGGCAGAGGAUGAGAUGGCGGGAUGGCAUCACCAACUCGAUGGGCAUGAGUUUGAGUAAGCUCCGGGAGUUGGUGAUCGACAGGGAGGCCUGGCAUGCUGCGAUUCAUGGGGUCGCAAAGAGCCAGACAUGACUGAGCGACUGAACUGAACUGAACUGAUAGCAUAUCUAUUUAUUAUCAUGUAUCUAUUUUGGUUAUUGUUUAUAGCUUGCUCCAGUUGAACAAAAGCUUUGUGCAGGAAUGGUUCUUUGUUUUCUCCACUGAUGUACCUUACAUUCUUAGCACAGUUCCUGGUACAUAGUCUAUACUCAGUAAAUAUUUGCUGAGUGGACAUGUGAUGACCUGUGUGGCCAUUUUAAGGUGAUCUUAAAGGGGAAGCAGGGAGCCUCAACUAAAAGGUGAAGGGGUUCUGAAAUGUAACCAACACUAUGGAUCCAACAUGUAGUUCCAGUAUCAUUCAGUAAAUGGGAUGCUGAGAUCCUAUUUUUACUGAAAACUAGGACCUGAAAACCUAGAAAUGCUAUAUAGUAGUGCUUCGUGACUUCAUGCCUCUCCUUUUAAGGAAUAGGAAAUCUCUCACAUUGAGAAGUAAAUAGAAUUCUAUAAUGUACUUUGUGUGCCUGCCCACAUCCUCCCAACCCCAUCUUAUCUCAUCUACAACCUCCUUCUGUUGCUGGUGGUGGUUUAGUCGCUUAGUCGUGUCUGACUCUUGCGACCCCAUGGACUGUAGCCCACUAGGCUCCUCUGUCCAUGGGAUUUUCCAGGCAAGAAUACUGGAGUGGGUAACCAUUCUUUUCUCCAGGGGAUCUUCCUGAUCUAGGGAUUGAAACCGGGUUUCCUGUGUUGUAGGCAGAUUCUUUACCUAUUGAACCACCAGGCAGGUCCUUCUGUUUUCCUGAUUGUAGAAAUUUACUUAUUUUUCUCAGCUGUAUCCGACUUUUCUCCUAGGAGAAUGACAACAAUAUACGAAGUUGUCAGGAAAUAGACCUCAUUUCUAAAAAUGGUGACAGCCGGAACAGAAGGUACAAAGGCAGUUUCAGAUGAAGGUAGAGUUACUGUGCUUCCAGACUUCAAGAGGUUUUAGAGCUCAUCCCUUUAGUUUAUGUGUGAAUAUCAAGAUUUGUAGAAUUAGAGCUUCAAGUCAGCAUUCAGAGGGGUGCUGACCCUCAGUCUGAUGCUACACCUACAGUUGUGUACUGAUUUUUUUCCUUCUUAGGUACUUAAUUCCUGUUGUCUUAAAGCACACCAUUGUAGCAACAGAGCACUCUAUAAGAAAAGGGAGGAAGGAAAACUCCAAACCAACAAAACGCACCAGACCUCCUCUCCUGGAGUUCCCCAGUAGCACCUGCUCCCAGACACUCGGCAGGUGCAUCUAAAAGGCACAUCGAAAACACAUUCUUCAGUCUCCUGCCCCCGAGCCCUGUCUUGCCCCAGAGUUUCCAGUUGUAGGGAAUGUUGUCACCGACCAUCUGCUCUUUCAGUUCUGUGACUUCCCUCUGCCUCUCUGCUGCCCUGCUGUGCCUGUUGGUUGCCGAUCCCUGUGGUUUUGACACCAUUUCUCCACGUCCAUCGUUGCAGCCUCAGUGCAGGCCACCAUCUUGGGACAGCUGGCCUCACACAGCGUGUUUCUAGCUGAUCUCAUAGAUCUAAUCACGGUGCCCUCCAACCUUUCCUCCACUUUACAUCCAGAGUAAUUUAAAAAACUCUAUUGGAGUAUAACUGAUUUACUAUGUGUGUUAGUUUCAGGUGUAUAGCAAAGUUAUAUAUAUAUAUAUAUAUAUAUAUUUUUUUUUUUUUUUCUUUUUCAGAUUCUUUUCCAUCGUAGGUUAAUGUUGACUAUAGUUCUCUGUACUGUACAGUAUGUCUUUGUUGUUUAUUUUAUUUAUGGUGGUGUGUGUCUGCUAAUCCCAAACUCCUAAUUUACCCGCCCCCCUAACUCCCCACAUUCCCCUUUGGUAACCAUGAAUUUGUUCUCUAAGUCUGUGAGUUUAUUUGUUUCGUAAAUAGGUUCAUUUGUAUCAUUUUUUUUUUUUUAGAUUCCACAUAUAAGUGAUAUCAUGUGAUAUUUUCUUUCUCUGACUUAACUUCACUUGGUGUAAUAUUCUCUAGAUCCAUCCAUUUUGCUGUACACAGAGUAAAUUUUUUUUUUUUUUUUUUUGAAAAGAUGAUCUGAUUAGGAAACUCAAAGACUCAGGGAAGCUGAACAAUUUCCCCCAGGGAAUUCUGUCCUCCCGUCCAUGAGCUGCCGGCUGCUUCAGAGAUCAGACUGGUGACCCCAACUCCUACCGGGCACUCUAGCAAUGUUCCACUGACCCCUGAAGGCUGGCAUAAAGUGCUAAUAUGCACUUUUUAAACAAAACAAAUUAAUUUUCAUGGGAGUUCUUGGAUCCUCUUGAAUGUGGCUACUCUGGGCAUGGGGCUGCUUGGGUUUGAAUUUACCUCCCUCUCUCACUCAACAAGUAAAUCACUUAUCUUGACUUUAGUUUGUUUUAUUUUUUUUUUCCAUCUGAAAAAUGGGACAAUAGUUGUUCUCACCUCGCAGGGUUAUUGUGUUAGUCAAGAUGAUGCGUGUGAAUUGAUCGAUGACUUGAGUGGUUCUGCUGAAGGUCAGUGUCUGGACUUGGAUUUUGGUGCAUUUUAUAGUGAUCUGCAGGCCAACCAAGAGAUCUCUGGGGUGAGUCUUUAAGACUUUGUUCAGCCCUGGCUCCUUUCUUUCCUUCUGAUGUUCCCUGGCACUCCUGAAGAAGUUCUUCUAUCCGUUGUGUCCUUCAGCAUUGCAGAGCACAGUGUUCCUGACUCAGUUCAUUCAGAAGGGGUCACAGCCUGAGCAGGUGAUAAACAAAUGGAGUGGAGGUGCCUUCGAGGUUAUCUGUAGUCUAAAAAAUAGCCUCCUUUUUCCAGAUAAGAAAACCAAGACUCAGGAAAGUGGAGUGACUUUGCCAAGUCCUUCAAUUACCAGCAUCUCCAGAAGCAGAAACCAGCAUCAGAAAGCUCAUGUCAGCCAUUCAUUCAUCUGUUUAUUCACUCUUCAGGCAAAUAUGGUCAGUGCUUUUUACAAGACACCAGGAAUGAGGGUCAAGCUGAGGUUCACGGCCAUGGGUUCUGCAAACAGAGUGAGAGCUGGACAAACACACGAUGUCAAGAGGAUAGAGGGGGCGUCUGUUCCCUUGGCAACCAAAAGAAGCAGUGUUUGUUCAGUGCCAUCUCUGUCGAUAGACGCCAUAAACCUUUUCCACACCUGCUGUCUCGAUUCCUCGCAGCAGCCAUUCUCAUUAUAAACAACCCCCUGGUUUUGAGUUGAGGUUCAGAGUGACCCGUUGACUUGACAGGGAGGCUGAGAUGUGAGGAGACCACCCCUCCCUCACCCCCUGGCCUUCAGUGCCUCCCCUUUCACCAGCGCAUGGUAGGUGAGCCCUCGCAUGGUGCUUAGGGACUGGUAAACCUCCUGAUUCUGUCAGGAGGCUCAGCUCUGCCCCCGGCCCAGAUAUCCAAGGGGUCUGCCAUCUUGUCUUUGUUCCCCUUACCACCAUUUCUUUCCCAAGUGUCGACAACAUCUCUGCUCCUUCCCUGUCCUGUGUGACCUUCUGGGAUUCGGCCCUUUGUCACCAGUGGUGUCCCAGGAACCUCCUCUUUAGCUGGGUCCUCCGACCUGUCCUGUCCUGGCCAGCCCUGUCCUGAGCUCACUCAGCUCUCCAUCUGAUGGUUUGAACAAGUGUUUGGCUUCAGAACAUGAACCCCUCCAGGCCAGCCCAGCCCACUUUCCACCUCUGUUUACCCGAAGACCUUGCCAAAGAAGCUAUCCCUCAAAAUAGUGUGGAUUCCACACUACAGGCAUUAGCGUCUAUCAGCGUAUGUGCAUGUGUGUGUGUGUGUGCCUGUGGGGGUGAUCUGAGGCUGUAAGCUCAGGUGCUCAGUGGUGGCCACUAUCUGUGUGUUACUUGACCUCCUCGAGUCUGUGAAGGGCAGUAAGAGGAGCGAGGUGAAGUUUGCUCACGCGGGGUGUAAAGAGCAGGAGCCCCCAGUGUUCUCAGCUCUGGGGGCGUCAGUGAGAGUCUGAGAGGUCCCUUUGUCCUCUAUGACAGAGCAGGUUCAUGCUGCCCUGGGUGUGGUGGGAAUCGAGGCUGCAGGAAUGGUCUAGAGUCGCCUUGUUCAGAGAUUUUCCGGACUCCACUUUUCAAGCAGGAUCUUUAGAAAAAGUGAAAGAAAGUGAAAGAGAUCAAACAGCAUCUUGAAUUUGCAUGUAUUCCUCCAGAAGCAAGAAGUAGUGUGCACACACUACUAUUUAGAGUGGUCUGUGCCUCUGAGCCCCGAUACACGGGCUAAAGGGGAGAGACCAGGUUGGGGCUCUCCAGGGAGAAGUCUGUGGCUUUACCAGAGAUUAAGUAAUUAACAAGCCUGCUUUCAUACAGCAGCUGCUGUUCCUCCUGAUUUUAAAAAUAGAUGAGAUGCUUACCCCGCCUUCACAUCUCCCACUGGGGAGUAUUUUCUUCUCUCUCUCUCUCUUUUUUAAGAAUUUUUUUCAGUAUUUGUCAUAUCGAGACUGACAUUUUAGCAGUUUCCCAGGUGUGGUCAACUCCUUGCAGGUUUCCGAGAAGGGACACCUUCUCUCUGUUCAGCCCCCUGCCUGGUAGGGAGGAGAUACUUUGUCGGUUAGUUUUUGGGUUAGAUGUUUGGGCAGAAUGGUGGACUGGAGAAAAAGAUGAAGUGAACUGCAGGUCCCUUCAAACAUUAUUCUUAAAGCCUCUUUUCUAGAUUGUCAUUGACACAUAUUUUUAUUUGUUUGGUUCUAUAUGAUCCGGAAGUCUGUAUGUGAGCCUGGGCUGAGGUGUGUUAGAAAUAAACUCCCAAUGGUGUGUCUGGGAGGUGAAUUGUACUGACAUUCUCUGUUUUGAAUUUGAUGGGAGGAUUUGUAGCUUGUGGGAAGUUAGGAACCUGAGUUCCUUUAUUUUGCUGCUCUUUCAGUAUGACUAUGAGGGAAGAACUCGUUGCUCUCAGAUCAAAAAUUGAUCAGUGAAGCCACCUUCCCCCAACAUGGGUUAAAGAACUGUGAAGGCUGGAUAAGCCGAGGGGACAAGGAAGCAGGCUAUGUCCCAGUGCCUGCCGAUUGGAGUAGAGACAGACAAAAAAAUUAGCUUUUAAUUAAUUUAAAAACCUAAUUCUUCUCUUAUCAGACACAGUCAGCUUUAAGCAUAAGUAGAAAAAUGAAUUCCCUAGCCAAGUGUAGUUUUUGGAGGCAUGCUGUUUUGCCUUAUCUGUUUGUCCCACUGCCUGUGUACUCUGGUUGAGUACACAGUUUGGGUGGCUGGGGUGGCCUUUACCCAGCCUGGCCCAGAGUUCCUGCCACACGUGCUGUGGGGGAGGCCGUGCAAGGUCUUGAGUCCCCAAACAAAGAGACAAACUGGGAAUUCCCUUGUAGUUCAGUGGCUAAGACUGUGCUCCCAGUGUAGGGGGCUGGGGUUUGAUCCCCAUUAGGUGAUUAGAUCUCUCUUGCUGCAACUAAGACCCAGUACAGCCAAAUAGAUAAAUAUUAAAAAGAGAGAGAGAGGAACCAAAGAAGUAGUGAUACCCUUAGUUAAAUUAUGCUCUGGAAAAUGUCGGAUGGCAGAGGGUGGGGAGUGGGGAUUGAUCUGUUUUCCACCUGGUCAAAUAAGACAUCAAGAAAAAUCCAGCAUGCCUGGAAAUUAUUUAAUGCCUAUUGAGAACACAUGAUGUGUUCGUGGACAAAAUUUGCCUGUUUCAGAGGUCCCCAACUUCUUUGGCACCAAGGGCUGGUUUCCUGGAAGACAAUUUUUCCAUAGACCUGUGGGUGGGAGGGAUGGUUUGGGGAUGAUUCAAGCACAUUACAUUUAUCAUGAACUUUAUUUCUAUUACUACUACAUCAGCUCCACCUCAGAUCAAACAUUAGAUCUUGGAGGCUGGGGACCUAAAAGACAAGAAGUAAAAAUAAAACUCUAUACUACUGACUGAUAACCUGAAAAUGUUGUCUCCCUGUAUUUUAGGAGAAUUUACUAGACUCUUAUGUCAUCAUAUUUUGGAAGUAGGUGUAUGUAUUUAUUUAUUAUAUAUUAAUGAUAUUUAUCUUUAAUAAAAUUAAGCUAUUAUGAUAGCAGAGUUCACUUAACUUGGUUUGUUCUCAGUUGUUGAUGAUGUGAUAAACUUGUGUUCUAGAAAGUCAACAGUGUAAGAUUUAAACUGGACAAUCUGCUCCCCCCCCCACACUGAUGUUUUCUAUAUUUUUUGGGGGAAAAAUACUUUAAAAAUUCAACUUUGAUUUUAUAUGUUUAGAAAAAUAAGCUGAACAACCUUGACAUGCUUAUCAUUGAACUACAUGGGGACUCCUUGUUUACCUUGAGGUUUGGAAGCAAAGACAUGGGGCUGUAACUUUCGUGGGGUCCUGAGGGUACAGUGUUUGGCGAGAGGCAAGAGAUGAGGCCUCCGGUCGGGACUCAUAAGCCUGGGGCUUUAGGGGCAGGCACCCUUUGUGAUUUUCUUUCUCUCAGGUAUAUUUCUAUUUUUUAAAACUACCAUUUAAGUUUAAGAACUCAAGCCUUGUGAACUGAUACAACUGUACCUUUAGAAUUUUCAUGGUGACUCAUCUCUGAGCUAGAGCUUAAAUCCUUGACCUUUCAAAGUGUCAUUUACAUGGAAAUAAAAUGAUCAAAACAGA